AGAUUUGGCUCGAAAGUCUUAGCCGCAAAUUCCUUGCCUGCUCUGCUUUGUGGCAUGGGAAAUGGAACUUUGUUUUGAAUUCAGCCCGGGAACAAAACUCAGAUGGUGUCCAGAGUGGCCUCGAGUGCCAGUUCUUGUGCCAUUCCAUUCUUGUUCCGAGCCUUUUGACAUUUUGCAAUUUUUUUUUUUGUAGUUUUUUUUUUUGGUGAAGUGUACACUUUGUGAAAUCUUACUGUACAUGUGGAAUAUCACAAUAUGAGAACUUGGUUCGUCAGGCAAUAUCACCAUGAAUCGGCGGGGGGAGUUCCUGGAGAUCUCUGACGAAGAUGGGCAAGUGAAGCGAGUCGUCCGAGGUGGUGGUGACACAGCGCUGGUGCCAGUCAAGAAACUGUUUAUAAAGCUUUCAGACGUUUGCUCAGUCGCAUUAAAGGCAGAAGAGAGCGACGUAAUGUUUACGCUGGAAAACGGGGUUGAGUAUGUGCUCAAUGGCCUUGAGGAUGCUGAAGCAACCUACAGUCAGUUCGUGGAGUUCAUUGCUGCUGAUUGAUUUGGGACUGACAAAGUCACCGGAAAUGACAUGAGAGUCGCCAACGCUUGCACCUCAUGGAACACUGCGAACUUUUGCACUUGUUUGAAAAA